GUAGAGUAAAUAAACGGAAUUUUUGGCGACCAAAAUUCCGAAAAACCCUGAAAUUUGUUGAUAUUAAUAGAAAUUUACACGAAAAUACUCACCUACGAAGGCGUUUUCUCGCAUCGCAACAUUUGGGAUUGUCAAUUAAUGCGUAAUUUGUGCCAAAGUCGCACAUCCGGUUGUUUCUGAGUGUUCCUUAUGGCGAGUCCCGCUGUUAUUUACAAGCUCAUCGAGCGCCUUUGUGUCUCGAUAGCGGGCGAAACGCACAAAAAAGACGUUCAAAAGACGGCUUUGGGCGCUCUGGCGGGCUCGAAUGUCUCGUUGGCGAAGAAAUACGAUCAAAAUGUCGUGCAGCGGAUCUACAGCAAAUUACAGUCACGGUCGAAAGACGAUGCAUCGGAAUUUCUCGACAACUACAAGAAUUUGCUGGAUUUCAUGGAAGAGGAUGGAGCGAAGAGCGUUUUGACAUUUUUGCUGCUGAUGGCUGAGGGCGGCGACAACAAAGCCGAUAUCGCCAACGGAAAUGUCUUUGGCGAGGCGUUUUCGACGAUGAAUCACGGAGGCGGGAAUGACAAUCAAAAGGUGAUGUCGGUGCUGAAAAGUCGCGUUACGAACACUUAUGAAGCGAAAAAUCAAAAGAAUGAUAAAGAACUCGAAAACGGCAAAAGCACAAAAUCCAGCAGCACAACGCUUCAUUCAAGCACAAGCAGCAGUUGUUUAGCUGCCACUGCCUUCCUGCAAGAGUACGAUUUGAUGCAAGAAGUCCUUUUUGCGCUCAUCGGAACACAAGGAAAAAUUCUCCGGAAGAACGUUGUGACGGGCGAAUUUAAAAUCGACGUCAAACAACGCGAUAUCAGCAUGUCGCAAGCCGGAAUGAUGCUCCGAAUCGCCAAAGUUGGAUAUUUUUACGAUCAAGUGAAGAAAUUUACGACGCCCAAUAGCGGAUGCUUCCUUCGUGGCCUUAUGGGACAAGGACUUGUCUCAGCACUCAACAAAGAACUCACAGAUUAUCACGGAAUGGUGGCGCAUUUGCGGGAACAACUCACGUUUCAGCGCGAAAAUUUGGAAGAGGAACAGGAUUUUUUGUCGCUCAUGCAAAUUUCGAUUUGGGUAGCGAAGCCGGUAGAUCGCUUGCAAUGGUUGCACGAUAUUGCGGCGGCAUGUAGUAAAGAUAUGCGCGGAGGACAGAUCGCAAGUGUCGUUUUUGAGUUUAUGCAUCAUGGGAGUUCCGUUGUGAAAGGCAUUGCCAAAGAUUUGCUCAUUCAUUGCUGUAAACCGUUGCAAGAAAUGCUUAUUCGUUGGCUUUUAGACGGCGAAAUCGAAGAUCCGUUCUACGAAUUUUUCAUCGAAGAACUUCCAGAUGUCGAACUCGAUCGUUUAUGGCACGAAAAGUACCGUUUACAGCAAAAACGAUUGCCUGCCUUCAUCUCACUCGAUGUAGCAAACAAAAUUUUCGUCACUGGCAAAAGUAUCAACUUCCUCCGCGAAGUGUGUCAAGAUCAAAAUCCCAUUAAAAACUCCGAGGAACUCCAAUCCGCCAUUCAGAACAAAAUUGAUUGCCUUUUCGAGCCCGUGAACGACACAAAGUUGCAUGAAAUGAUCGAUCGCGUGUAUUUGGAUACGUCAAAACGCGUUUUGGAUGCAAUUUUGAGCCAACAUGCCUUAAUUGAAAACUUGCAAGCCCUCAAGAAUUAUUUGUUGCUUGGACAGGGAGAUUUUGUCGGAUUACUUAUGCAAAAUUUGAAACAGGAAUUGGAUCGUCCUGCGAAAGAUUUGUUCCAACAUGACUUGCAUGGCAUCAUGAGUACAGCAUUAAGAGCGAGUUGCGCCCAAUUUGAUGAGCCCGAAGUCUUGGAUAACUUGGGAGUGAAAUUAAUGGAUCCAUUUGACGGCGAUACUGGAUGGGAUAUCUUCACGUUACGAUUUUCCGUGCAAGGACCUCUUGCGACAUUACUUCGCCCAUCAAUGGAUGAAUACAGAAUCAUCUUUAAACCGCUUUGGAACAUGAAACGUAUCGAAUUCGUCUUACUCAAGGUAUGGCGAGAGCAAUUAUUUAGCGCUAAAAGCUUGAAAAAGUCAGGAGUUGCUCGCGAAGUUAAUCAAAUAACGGCCCGCUUGCAUCUUUGUACUUCCGAGAUGAUUCACUGCAUUCACCAAAUCGAGUACUACACAAUGUUCGAAGUCAUCGAAUGCCAAUGGAUCGAUUUGCUGAAGAAAAUUCACCAAUCAACCGCCUUAGACGAUGUCCUUGAAGCGCAUCACGAAUUCCUCGAAACCAUCAAGUGCGAACUUUUCCUCACGGAACCCUAUGGAGACCUCUUUAUCGCCAUGGAAGCCGUUUUCAGCGCAAUUAUGAAGCUCGAAAAGUGGCAAACGGGAUUUUUCGCUUUGUGUCAAGCCGAAGCUGAUGCCCGCCUCAAACUCGAAUCGCAAAUUACGAAAUCCACUCGUACCGGCAAGUAUGGCGUCACGUCACAACAACGCUUGGAACGCGACGAAGCAAAACGUGUCUUCGAAGCGUCACUUUUCCAACUGCAGAAGAGCUUGGAAAGCAUCUGUAACGAGUACAAUCGUUACACGAGUGAUUUUAUCUACAAAUUAACCGAUACGCAGGAGAAUAGUUUGCAGCAGUUCGGUAUUCGUUUGGAUUUCAACGAAUUUUACAAGAAGAAAGACAAAAAUUUGCAUGUUCCGCUCACGUUGGAGCACAUCCGACAGAGCAGCAUCUUCCAUUCGUUCCGUGAUUCGGCGUCGCCAUUUAAGAUGUCACAUAAUGCAAGCACUCUCUAUAGCCCCGCAGAUAUCGCCAGACCCAGCAAAGUACAUGCCAAACACUGACUUUCAGUGCCAUUAACGUAAACUGUUGAUGCCAUAAUGUUUGCUCACCGUUGAUUAACUCGCACGUGCGUUAAUCACAACUAAUAUACUCGAAACUCGAAUAUUUACUAAUUUUUGGUAUUAAUGAAGUAUUUGUUUGUUAAUAAUGAUCAAUUUUUUGAACCGCAUACAAUAAAAUGUG